UUACGCGAAGCUGCUGAAUAAAAAGUGAAAGUGAAAGCAGAGUUCUGGCUUCUGUGCAGCCAGCCGAGCGCCAUGAGCCUGUUCGUGAAAUUUCGAAAAUCAUCACCUUCUUCCCUCUCAAUAUUCUCUUUUCAGAGCUUCUUCACAACACUCCCACAUUUUUCUGGGGAGAAGAAGGAGACUAGUAGCUUCAUUCACCCCACAGCGGUUGUUCACCCAAAUGCCAUAAUUGGUCAGGGUGUUUCAAUUGGUCCAUUUUGUACCAUUGGGUCUUCUGCAAGGCUUGGGAAUGGUUGUCAAUUGUAUCCCGCAAGCCAUAUUUUUGGAAAUACAGAAUUGGGUGAGCGCUGCGUUUUGAUGACUGGUGCUGUAGUUGGUGACGAUCUUCCUGGACAAACUGUCUUAGGGUGCAAUAACAUUAUUGGACACCAUGCCGUGGUUGGUGUCAAAUGCCAGGACAUGAAAUACAAGCCAGGGGAGGAAUGUUUCCUUGAUGUUGGAAACAACAAUGAAAUCAGAGAGCAUGCUUCAAUUCACCGAUCUUCAAAAUCAAGUGAUAGAACGGUUAUUGGUGAUAACAAUCUCAUCAUGGGUUCUUGUCAUAUUGCCCAUGAUUGUAAGAUAGGAAACAAUAACAUAUUUGCGAACAAAACUCUUCUAGCAGGUCAUGUUGUUGUGGAAGACUAUACUCACACUGCAGGAGCAAUUGCUGUUCAUCAGUUCUGCCGUGUUGGUUCAUUUUCUUUCGUUGGUGGGGGUUCUGUGGUAUCAGAAGAUGUCCCCAAGUACACGAUGGUAGCUGGAGAAAGAGCUGAGCUUCGUGGUUUAAAUUUGGAAGGUCUUCGUCGUCGUGGAUUCAUGGUCUCAGAGAUUAAGAGUUUGAGAAUGGCAUAUCGAAAGAUUUUUAUGCCUGUUGAUGCCAAUAAUAUGGGUUUUGAAGAACGUCUCGCUGAAGUGGAACAGGAUGAAGAAUUGAGUAACGUUCCUGCUGUAUGUUCAAUGGUGCAGUCUAUUCGUGAUUCUUUGGCUGAAAAUCGCCGUGGGAUAUGCAGGGUUAGACAAUGGAGUAAUUUAUGAAGGGUUAGACAAUGGAGUAGAUUAUGAAGGCAUGCAAUAGUAAUUUCUGCAUCUACAAAUUGGAUUUUUUUUUUCCUAUUUCUUUUCUGGCCCUACAAGUAGCUGUUUGAUUUGUUAUUCAUACAAGUUGAAGAACAAUCUGUGUUCAAGGGGGAUCUAGAUUACAGAACAUAUGGCAGGUUUCCUUUUCUAGGUAAGAACUUUCUGUCACUUUUCUUCGAACUUUUCUAGAUUCAGUCUCCACCACUAGGCAGCACGGCAGCAAACUUCAAGCUACAUCCCUCCGUCAUUCUGUCCUAUGGUAUUUCUAAAUUAAUCUUUGCUUCAAAAUCAUAGACAUUAUAUUACUCUGUCAAGGAUUGGAAAGUGCUUGUACAUUAGACAUUCAACAAUGUUGUGGUUCUAAAAUGGAAUUAUGAUCUGUGAUGUAACCUACUUUUUUAUUUAUGAGUGCAAUAACUGACUUAAAGAAA